AUGGAUGUAUUGGUUAAAUCACCUUCGCCUACUCACAGUGGUGAAGCUGUUCUUCAUAAUUUACAAACCACUCCACAAGAAAAUCAAGACAGAUUGAUUGUCGCUGAAGUAAUGACUAAAUUUUCUCAAUACGCCUAUAAAUCAGAACGGGGUGUAUCUCCUAAACAGAAAUAUGUCAGUGACAAACCUUCUCUCACUGAAAAAGUGGCAAGUUCUCUCCCACUGAAAAAGAGAAAGGUUGCCGAUUCCGUCUUAACUGAUUCUGAGACUCAAAGCCCAGUACCUCCAACAUUUUCGGUAACUGCUGAGGAUUCUUCUCGAUUAAAAUCGAUUUCUCAACAUGCAGAACAAUGUAUCAAAGAUCGCAGUAUUUUCAUAGUGUCUCCUUCAGAUGUGCCUAAAUUUAUGAAGACGGUGUCAUCAGUUCAAUGGGAAGACUCUACGAGCCAUCACCUGACAAAAAGUAUUCAGACUGCAUUACAUCAAGAUGAAGAUGGUGACUUGCCUUUACAUAUUGCUGUUGUUCAAAAAGACAUCAAAAUGGUCAGCUUAUAUGGAAUGUUGAUUCAACGUGCAGGGAAGUCUGUUGACCGGUUUAACAAAAAGAAUCUUACACCUUUACAUCUGUGUGUGAAAGUGAAAUUCCUUGAAGGAUUAAAAAAACUAAUCCAGAUGGGUGCUGAUGUGAACACGUUAGAUGGAAAUGGACAAUCAGCUCUACAUAUUGCAGUUUCUAAUUCUGACCUUGAAUGUUUUGAUUUCCUGUUGCAGCAAUGUAAUAUUCAUUUGAAGGAUACAAAAAUGAAACCCAAUCUGAACAGUCAUGACUAUAAAGGUGUGACUCUUCUUCAUACUGCAGUAAAUAAUAACAGCAUUGAACUAAUUAAAAGAUUGUUACAGGCAGGAGCUGAACUUGAUUCAAUUGAUUUCAAAAGUGGUCGCACACCAUUGUUUCAUGCAGUUGAAAACAAGAACAUUAAAAUUGUUGAAUUGCUCCUUGAGAAAAAAGCUUCUGUUGACAUUCCAAAUUUUGCAGGAAAUACUGCCUUUUUGGCUGCAAAUGCACGUGGUUAUCAUGACAUUUCUAAACUUUUGGCUGAAAAUGGUGCUGAUACAAGAGGCUUAAUGGGGCCUGAAGAAUUAAUUUCUUACCCAAAGACAUCAGCUGUCAAGAGUCAGUUGAAAAACAAAUUGGUUUCAGGCAAAACCAGUCCAGUCUUACAAGAAACUUAG